GCCCGACCCGGAUCGCAGCGGCGGGGACACGGGAGCUGCGCGGCCGCCGCGGAUCCGCCAGCCGGGGGCCCGGCCCGAGCAUGUCCUAGCGCGCCCGGCACGAUGCGGAGCAGCCCGCGCCCGGGACCUUUCCUCUGCCUCCUGCUGCUGCUCUGCCGCCCGGAGCUCGCCGCCGCCCAGGCGGUGUGUGCGGGGACCCUGAACGGGCUGAGCGUGACGGGCGAUGCCCAGCACCAGUACCAGACGCUCUUCAAAAUGUACAACAACUGCGAGAUCGUCAUGGGGAACCUGGAGAUCGUGCUGAUCGACCACAAACAGAACCUGUCCUUCCUGCAGACCAUCCGGGAAGUGACGGGCUACGUCCUGAUCGCCAUGAACGUCUUCACGUACCUGCCUCUGGGGAACCUGCGGGUGAUCCGGGGCACCCAGCUCUACGAGGACAAACACGCCCUCUUCGUGCUGCUGAAUUACCACACCAACGGCUCGCACGCCCUCCGCCAGGUGGGGUUCAACCAGCUCACGGAGAUCCUGGCGGGCGGGGUUGACAUCGAGAGGAACGAGCAGUUGUGCCACGUGGACACCAUCGAGUGGAGGGACAUCAUCCGGGACCCGGGGAUCGACCCGGUGGUUCGGCAGAAUGGCAGGAAGUGUGCCCCCUGCCAUGAGAGCUGCGAGGGACACUGCUGGGGCCCGAACCCAGAGGACUGCCAGAAAUUGACCAAGACCAUCUGCGCCCCGCAGUGCAACGGGCGCUGCUUCGGGCGCAACCCCAGCGAGUGCUGCCAUGACGAGUGUGCCGGGGGCUGCACCGGCCCCCGCCAGACUGAGUGCUUCGCCUGCCGCCACUUCAAUGACAGUGGGGCCUGCGUCCCGCUGUGCCCGCAGCCGCUGAUCUACAACAAACUCACCUUCCAGCUGGAGCCCAACCCCGACACCAAGUACCAGUACGGGGGCAUCUGCGUGGCCAGCUGCCCACAUAACUUCGUGGUGGAUCAGAGCUCCUGCGUGCGGGCCUGUCCCAAGGACAAGAUGGAGGUGGAGAAGAACGGCCUGAAGAUGUGUGAGCCCUGCCCUGGCCUCUGCCCUAAAGCCUGCGAGGGGACGGGCACCGGGAACAAAUACCAGACUGUCGACUCGAGCAACAUCGACACGUUCGUCAACUGCACCAAGAUCCGGGGCAACCUGGACUUCCUCAUCACGGGGCUGAACGGGGACCCCUGGCACAACAUCUCGGCCCUGGAUCCGGAGAAGCUGAACGUCUUCCGGACGGUGCGGGAGAUCACAGGUUAUCUGAACAUCCAGUCGUGGCCCAAACACAUGGACAACUUCAGUGUCUUCUCCAACCUCGUCACCAUCGGGGGCCGGAGCCUGUACAACCGCGGCUUCUCCCUGCUGAUCAUGAAGAACCUGAACGUGACGUCGCUGGGGCUGCGCUCGCUGCGGGAGAUCAGCGCGGGGAAGGUUUACAUCACCCAGAACCGGCAGCUCUGCUACCUCCACACCGUCAACUGGGGGGCGCUGUCGCGCCGCGGGGCCGACCUGGAGAUCAAGGACAACAAGCCCCGGGGCAAGUGCGUGCAAGAAGGGAAGGUGUGUGACCCGCUCUGCUCCGGCGACGGCUGCUGGGGGCCCGGCCCCGACCAGUGCAUCUCCUGCCGCAACUACAGCCGGGAGGGGACCUGCGUGGCCACCUGCAGCUUCUACCAGGGGGCGACCCGGGAAUACGCCCGCGGGGGCGAGUGCUACCAGUGCCACCCGGAGUGCGAGAGGAUGGAGGGCAACGUGACCUGCAACGGCUCGGGCGCGGACGCCUGCGUGAGAUGUGCCCGGUACAAGGAUGGCCCCCACUGCGUGGACAGCUGCCCCGAGGGCAUCCUGGGCGAGCAGGGGCCGAUCUACAAGUACCCGGACGCCCACCGCGAGUGCCGCCCCUGCCACGAGAACUGCACGCGGGGGUGCCUCGGGCCGCAGCUCCAGGACUGCGUCACAGAGCCCCUGCCCAUCGCCAGGAAAAGCCCCACGCUCAUAGCGGUGAUGGUCGUGGGCUGCCUCUUCAUCUCCUGCUCCUGCUUCCUGCUCACCCUCCUGUACUGGCGCGGCAAGAAGAUCCAGAAGAAGCGGGCGAUGCGCCGCUACCUGGAGAGGGGAGAGAGCCUCGAGCCCCUGGACCCCAGCGAGAAAGCCAACAAGGUGCUGGCCCGGAUCUUCAAGGAGACGGAGCUGAGGAAGCUGAAGGCGCUGGGCUCGGGCGUGUUUGGGACGGUGCACAAGGGCGUCUGGAUCCCGGACGGAGACUCCAUCAAGAUCCCCGUCAGCAUCAAGGUGAUAGAGGACCGGAGCGGCCGCCAGACCUUCCACGCUGUCACCGACCACAUGCUGGCCAUUGGCAGCCUGGACCACGCCUACAUCGUGCGGCUGCUGGGCAUCUGCCCCGGGACGCAGCUGCAGCUGGUGACGCAGCUCCUGCCGCUGGGCUCGCUGCUCGACUACGUGCACAAGAACAGGGACGCCAUCGGGCCGCAGCUGCUGCUCAACUGGUGCGUGCAGGUUGCCAAGGGGAUGUACUACUUGGAAGAGCAUCGCAUGGUCCAUCGGAACCUGGCCGCCCGCAACGUCCUGCUGAAGUCGCCCAGCCAGGUGCAGGUGGCGGAUUUCGGCAUCGCCGACCUGCUCUACCCCGACGACAAGAAAUACUUCUACAAUGAGCUCAAGACGCCGAUUAAAUGGAUGGCGCUGGAGAGCAUCCACUUUGGGAAGUACACGCACCAGAGCGACGUCUGGAGCUACGGCGUGACGCUGUGGGAGAUGAUGACGUUCGGGGCAGAGCCCUACGCGGGGAUCCGGCUCGCCGAGGUGCCCGACCUGCUGGAGAAGGGCGAGCGGCUCAUGCAGCCCCAGAUCUGCACCAUCGACGUCUACAUGGUGAUGGUGAAAUGCUGGAUGAUCGACGAGAACGUCCGUCCCACCUUCAAGGAACUGGCCAACGAGUUCACUCGCAUGGCCCGCGACCCGCCCCGCUACCUGGUCAUCAAGAGGGAGAGUGGGCCGCUGCCCCCCGCCGAGCCCCCCCUGAGCGACAAGGAGCUGGAGGACAUGGAGACGCUGGAGCUGGAGGAGGAGCUCGGCCCCUUCAACACGGCCAGCGGCCUCUUCGCCUCCAGGCAGCGUGUGGACUACGCCCGGAGCCCGAACCUGAGCCCCCCAGCCGGCUACAUCCCCAUGAACCAGACCGGCCUCAGCGGCUGCCGCCAGGGCACCGGGCUGGGCUCCCGGCAGACCCUGCGGGCCCGGCAGGAGUCGGUGGGCCGGACGGUGUCGGAGUCGUCGGAGGGCCGGGGCACGGCCUCGGAGUGCGAGCUGAUGGAGGAGCUCUCCCUGCCGGGCAGCCUGUGCCAGGGCCUGCGCUCCCGGGGCGACAGCGCCUACCUCUCCCAGCGCGAGAGCUUCCCCCUGUCCGCGGGCACGGCCGACGGCGAGGACGACAUCAACGGCUACGUCCUGCCGGAUAACCACAGCCGAGAGCGAGCGGGCAGCGCCGCCCGGGCAGCGCGGGACGGGCCCCUGGGCCGCGCCUCGGAGCCGGAGGAGGAGUACGAGUACAUGAACAGACGCCCCCCGCAGCCCCGGCCGGCCUCCCUGGAGGAGCUGGGCUACGAGUACAUGGACCUGGGCUCGGAGCGCAGCGCCUCCCUGGGCAGCGUGCUGAGCUCCCAGCUGCCCGUGGCCGGCUGGGAGGUGGCCGCGGCCGAGGAGGACUACGAAUACAUGAACAAGCAGCCCAAACUCAGCCAGUCCCUGAGCAGCGUGCUGAGCUCGCCGGGGGCCGGGCGGGACGACUACACCUGCAUGAGCGCGGCCGUCCCCCGGGGCUCCCCCGAGGAGCAGGCCUACGAGGUGAUGGAGGCCAUCCUGGCGCCCGGCUGCCAGAGCUCGCCCUGCCCCAAGAACGGCUUCAUGAAACCCCUGCGGAGCCUGGAAGCCUCCGACUGCGCCUUCGACAACCCCGACUACUGGCACAGCCGGCUCUUCGCCAAGGCGGACGCCCAGCGGACCUAGGGGGCCAGGGGGUGCCCAACCCGUCUGUCCUGGGGGGGGGAUUGGACUCCAGCCCCCGCCCGCCCCUCGCUGAACGAGCCCAGCCGGGGGGCUGGGAGCAAACGUCCUUCCCCAGCCCCAGGGGGUAUUUACAGCGAACGAACGCUGCCCCUGGGUCUGUGCCCAUUGCAUGCUGGGAUGCAGGCUGGCUCUGCCCCACUGUGAAAUCAAACCAGUCGGGGGAGGGGGGGCAGCCCCUCCCCCGUUCCGCCUCAGGAUCACAGACAUGGACGCAGGCCAGGUACCAGGGGAGUCGGGCUGCGCCCUCCCCUCCCCCCUCCUGUACUGAGCUCCCAGCACAGGGCCUGGGGGCGUUUGGGGCCCAGCCAUGGGUCAGGCACGUGGGGAGCAGCUGGAGGAGAGGCUGCCUCAUUCCUCACCCCCUACCAAGCAAACGGGGGGGGGUCUCCUUACACCUGGAUAUGAAGAAUCCCAGAGCUGCUCCAGGCAGGGCCGUGGGGUGACGUGAACAGAAGAGGGGGCUGCUGGUUUGGGGUCUAGCGGGUAAAACGCUGGACCGGGAGCCAGAACUCCUGAGAUCUACGUCCCAGACUCGCUGCUCUGGGCCUCAGUUUCCCCCUCUGGGCCAUGUAGGGAGUUAGAGACCUUCUCUCUCCUGCCCCCCUGCAAACCGGGGGUGUCCCAACGACUGCUGCCCCCUCCCUUGCCGCUGCUGCGCUAGGCACAGCUUAGGAGCGGCGGCUGGAGCCGGGUGGAGUCGGUGGGUCGGGUUCUGUCCUGUUCAACCCGAUUUCCGCUGGGGUAAGAAGCCCGGGGGCCGGAGUCUGAUCCCGACCCCCCGGGGUGAUCAGAGCCCGCGCCAGGGGGUGACCCCAGCCUGGGGCCCGAGACCAGCAGGCUCCAGCCCCAGACCUCCCCCCCGUGCCCGCUGAGAGGCAGGAGCUAGCUACCAGCGGGGGUGGGGGGACGACGCCCCAAGCCUGGGGCCAAGAAAUGAAGUUGAUGUUUUUGCACUGAAUCUCGUGGCGGGGUUCCCUCCAUGUGCCAAGCUGGAGCAGGCUGGCCUGGCCCGCGGGCUGCCUCCCUGCCUGGGGCUCCGGCCCGCGCUCCCCUCUUUCCUCUCCUCCGUGCGCGGUCUGGGGGGGGUCGUGGCCAGCGUCUCUGGGUACGCCGAGGGCUGCUGAAGUGUUUCUCUCCUUCGCAGGAAGCGGAGCGUGUGUGCCCCCCUUGUCACCCCCCUAAAUGAAGCAAGUGGGGGCUCUGAAUUCUUCCCACUUGAGGCCAUGGGAUGUCAGUGCUGUUUACCUGGGGGACUCACAGCGGGUCUGAGCAGCCUUGGUUAAAGUGGCGAAGUCGAUGAAUCCUUGGCAGGGGAGCAUGGUCUAGGGGUUAGAGCAGGGAGCGCGAGAGUCCGGAUUCCUGGGUUCUGGUCCCACUGUAAGAGGGAACCGGGGUCCUUCCUUGCUCUGCGGCUGCACUGCUCCCAGCUCCAGGAGGAAGCGGGUGUCUAGUGGUUAGAACAGGCUGUCACCCUCUGCUCUCUGAGCUGUGGAAGGGGCAUUUCCCCCCAGCCAGAGGGUGGGGCGGGAGGGGGGACAGACCAUACUACCAAUGUGUGACUAGAGCGGGGACCUGCACGGGAGGGAGGGAGGGAGCGUGGGGCAGGUCUCUCCGGGCUCCUCCCCUCCCUCUUGCAGCCGGCUGAGCAGGGGGGCGCCAGCCCCAUUGCCCUGAACUGGCUGUGGAGAUCAGAGACCCUUCUGGGGUGUCCAGUGAGACCUCCUGCCUGCUAGAGCCGUGGGGAAGCACCGACUCGUGAUCCCCCCCCCCACGUGGGGCGCAGUGCGUGACACGUCUCAGUCCUAAAACACACGUCUGGGCGAAGGAAUCCACGCGGGCACCUUGCUAGCGAGGCUGGCAUGGGGCCCCUGCCUGGCACACGGCUCAGAGCUGCCACUCUGCCCCCUGCCGGCAAGUGGCACUAACGUUCUCACGUGGGAAGGGUUUCUUGUAUUUCAGAAUGAAAAGUAGAAACAAGCCUGAGGUCCCCUCACCCGUUGUGUGCUUCACCCAGGCUGCGCUGCACCAUCCCUUUUUAUUUGUUUUAAAUGCAGGCGCCAAUAGUCUGCUGGGCCCGGACUCCUGGGUUCUAGCAUGACAAGGUGAGGGGUUUGCUGUGUUUUCUUCCCAGGCUCUCCAAAGGAGAGAACUGAGGAACCCACCAGGGGAGAGCUGAGCAUGGGGGCUGCACCUCUGGGCCUGCACCUUCCUACUCAACUCAAAGGGGCUGAUCCCGGUUUUGCUUCCGGCUGGACUAAUUCUAGUGAAAUCACCGGGUCCGAAUCCUCUUUGGAUUGUUUACACCUGUGCAAAGGGCAUGUAAACGUGGCAGCUCGCCCUGGCAGCAUGCUGCAGGGAUGCAAGUGAGGACACGAGACGCAGGGGAAGAGCAGGUGCAAACUGAGCCAAUCCAAUUUGCUAAUUAGUCUUUUUAAAGAAACACAUGCGAUGCCUCCAGUAGCCUGGCCUGGAUCUUCCAGAAGAGCCCCACCCCCCCAAAGGUUAUGCACUGGAAAGCAGGGAGUACUUUUUUUCCCCUCCUGUCCUGGUUUGGAUUGUCUUGCUGUGUGUCAGAACUGGUGGAAUGAAGGUUAAAAGGAAUCUCUGAGCUUUACAGUUUUACCUGUGGGACUCACAGCCGCAGGAUGAAAUUACUUUAGUGUUUUGUUUUUUAAAGGAAUGAGACACUUACAGGAAUAGAAACACCAUUUGUGGUGACACCAGCUAGGAUAAAUGUCUCAAGGUUCACAGGGAAUAGGCAGCUCAGAAGGGAAUUUACUAUUAUUGCGUAUUUAGGCUCUGGUCUUGGAAGGAGAUGCAGAGAGUUGGACUCAUGUAGCACCUGGGAUGUAUUUAUUAAUAUAGGGGCCUAUCAACAAAUUUGCUCUGGCACGAGCUAGGCAAACCACAUACAAACUGCAGUGUACUAUAGCCCGUGGCCAUAGCGAAUACAACAUUGGUGAAGGAAGGAAAUUGUACAGCACGUGCUGUGCUCUGCGACAGUGCAAACAAAUAUUCUAAAGUCAAGGAGGUCUCUGGGAGCAGCUGUGCCAACCUCAAGUAUUCAAAAACCACGAACUCAGCUAUAGAAUCCUGGUUGGUUUGUUUUUUUAAAUGAGUUUGGUUUGGGUUUGUUUUUUUAAUUUGCCUUCUGGUUUCUGAGCCUUUAGGCCUGACAAGGCGUUGUAUUUUCAAGCUUUUCUGUGCGGCCACGAAGACUAGAACCAAACUUUAUUUACUAUGAAGCUUUAAGAAAACACCAAAUGCAAAACCGUACACUGAGCACUGGCAGCGCAAAGGAAGGGCCUUUCCGAGCACAUCUCACUGCCAGAUCGGGGCCAUACGUGUGUUGUUACAGGUGGGUGGGGACUGGUGCCUUCUCUCAAGCGUUUGGCACCCGUCGCUCUCGGGCUGGGACGCCGGGUUUGGCUGGGCCCAUGAGCCCCCGUGGGGAAAGCCCUUGCUCAAGCCGUCUCUCCGUUUUCUGUGCUUCCCAUCACUGAAGGAGUUUUAAUGUAUUUUUUUAAGACAAAAUAAAAGUGACGCUGAUGAA